UGCUUCAAUGGCUCUCCACCAAUUUGCCCUACUUCCAAAUGCUACUUUAUCCUUCAGAACCAAAAUGCUUCCAUCAAUCAUGAGCUCUGGUGUUCCUCGUACAAUCCAAUGUAAGGCUUCAACCAGUAUUGUUGUUUCUGAUCAGACCAAUGCUUCUCGUCGAUCUGUGAAUUACUUCCAACCUUCAAUUUGGCAUUACGAUUAUAUCCAGUCUUUGGGAAGUGAUUUUGCGGAAGAAUCAUAUGCAGCGGAAGGUGAUCGGCUUAAAGAAGAAGUCAGAGUGAUGCUUUUCAAAUUGGCAAAUCCUGUGGAUCAGCUUGAUCUCAUUGAUGUCUUGCAACGACUUGGAGUGGCAGCUCAUUUUGGACUUGAAAUAAGAAACCUUACAGAAAAUAUUUACCACAAAAACAAGGGAACAUUGAAGGGGAACAAGAAUUUACAUGCCACGGCUCUUGAAUUUAGAAUCUUGAGGCAACAUGGCUAUGACGCGUCAUCAGAAAUAUUCAAACAAUUUCUUGAUGACGAGGGUAAUUUUGAUACUCGCCUUUCCUUUGAUAUUGAGGGUUUGAUAUCUUUAUAUGAGGCCUCAUUUCUAUCAAUGGAAGGUGAAACAAUAUUGCACAGAGCAAGAGAUUUUAGUUUGACAUGUCUCAGAGAAUUUGUGGGCAAAGACAAUAAUAAAGACGAUGAGAUGUGUCUUUUAGUUAAUCAUGCCCUUGGGCUUCCACUACAUUGGAGGACAUCAAGAUUAGAAGCUCGAUGGUUCAUUGAUGUUUAUGAGAAGAGAGACAAUAUGAGCCCAGCUUUGCUUCAGUUUGCUAAGUUAGAUUUCAACAUAUUACAAGCCAACCACCAAGAAGAUUUGAAACAUGCAUCAAGAUGGUGGAAUAGAAUUGGACUUGCAGAGAAGUUGAGUUUUUCAAGAGAUAGGUUGGUGGAGAAUUUCUUUUGGACAGUGGGUCUCGCUUAUGAACCACAAUUUGGACGUUUUAGAAGAGUGAUGACAAAAGUGAAUGCACUAAUAACAACAAUUGAUGAUACUUAUGAUGUGUACGGAGAAUUGGAAGAAUUACAACUUUUCACAGAAGUGGUUGACAGAUGGGAUAUAAAUGCCAUAGAUAUACUCCCUGAGUACAUGAAAAUAUGCUUCCUUGCACUUUAUAACUUUGUUAAUGAAAUUGCCUUUGAAUUUCUUAAAGAGAAUGGGAAGAACAUCACUCCAGUACUUAAGAAAGCGUGGGCUGAUCUUUGUAAAUCAUAUCUGGUUGAGGCAAAAUGGUAUUAUGGUAAUUAUCAACCAAGCUUGCAAGAGUACUUAGAAAAUGCUUGGAUUUCAAUCAGUGCACCAGUUUCACUUGUUCAUGCUUAUUUCUUACUUACAAGCUCAACAAAAAUGGAGGACUUGAUUUGCCUAGAGGAAGACUCUGAUAUCAUUCGUUCUUCGGCAACAAUUUUGCGCCUUGCUGAUGACUUGGGAACUUCUGAGCGUGAAAUGGAGACCGGUGAUGUACCUAAAUCAAUUCAGUGCUGCAUGAAGGAAACUGGAGCUUCAGAAGAAGAUGCUCGUAGACACAUAAAUUCCUUGAUUAUUGAAACUUGGAAGAAGAUGAAUAAAGAAGCUAGAAAUUCUUCUUUCUCUCAGGAUUUCAUUCAAAUUGCUAUGAACUUUGCAAGGAUGUCACUAUGCAUGUAUCAACAUGGAGAUGGCCAUUCUGACCAAGAUCCUGAAACAAAGAAUCGUAUUACGUCCAUACUUUUCCAUCCUAUUGUAUAA